CUGACGAGGAUAAAAACUUUGGUGGCUAUGUAGUUUUGGAUUUAAGAAUUUGAUAACGUCACGUGAAAACGCUCUAUCACCACUGAGGAAUUUAAACGAAAAACCGUCACGCUUUCCUUUCCCGCCUUUUAAUGCAUCACGUCCCGGAGGGUGUCCCGGAGUGGAAAAAAAAAUAUUGGUAGCCUCGUUUGCAUGCUGACACUCGGACCUGUCGUUCCAGCCUUGUUGUGCUGUGUUCCAAACAAUGAUUCCAAACAAGAACUGAAAUGAUUUUGUUUCAAUGAUUACAUUAUACAGCCCUCUGAAACAGCGAGAAAGAAGCUCAUUAUUACAAUGAUUGUUAAAUUUACCAUCGAUGUUUUUUUUCACAGGGGACGGCCAGGGAUAAGUCGUUAGUGUUGAGCCGGUUUGCUCUGUUGUGACACCCAAUCUGCGAAAACUUUAAACAUCAGGACCGCUUGUUUGGGCUGCAAUGGUGAUCGUCUCAAAGGGUGAACAUGUGUGGUUGGAUAACACUAAUGGAGGGGAGUUUGAUGUUCCCAUUGGAGCGCUGGUCAAGAUGGCAGACUCAGGCCAAAUUCUAGUUGUUGACGAUGAGGGAAAGGAACACUGGAUUCAGUCCUAUCUGGCCAACAAACUUAAAAUAAUGCAUCCAACAAGUGUCAAAGGAGUUGAUGACAUGAUUCAACUUGGAGACCUAAAUGAAGCAGGAAUCCUACACAAUCUUUUCAUAAGAUACUACAAUCAUCAGAUUUAUACCUUCACAGGCUCAAUUUUAGUGGCUGUUAAUCCGUACCAGCUUUACCCCAUCUAUGAUGCUGAUCAUGUGAAGAAGUACAAGAAUCGAAAGUUGGGUGAUUUACCUCCUCACAUCUUUGCCGUAGCAGACAAUGCAUAUUCUCACAUGAAAAGGGAAGCUCAUGAUCAAUGUGUUAUCAUCAGUGGUGAGAGUGGAGCUGGCAAAACAGAGUCAACUAAACUCAUUCUUCAGUUCCUUGCUGCUGUGAGUGGACAGCAUUCCUGGAUUGAGCAGCAGAUUCUAGAAGCCAAUCCUGUUCUGGAAGCUUUUGGAAAUGCCAAGACAGUACGGAAUGAUAACUCCAGUAGGUUUGGUAAAUAUAUUGAUGUCCAUUUCAACAAGACUGGCUCAAUUGAAGGUGCUAAGAUUGAUCAGUACUUGUUAGAGAAAUCCAGACUUGUCUAUCAAAUGCCUGAUGAAAGAAAUUAUCACAUAUUCUACCGUAUGCUUGCUGGAAUGUCACCCAAAGACAGAGAGUUGCUUCACUUGACGGAUGCCUCAGAUUACUAUUAUCUGACACAAGGCAACUGUAUCUCAUGUGAAGGAAUGAAUGAUUCAGAAGAAUUUGCAAUUAUAAGAGGGGCAAUGAAGGUACAUAUUAGCUGUCUAACACAGUCUAGCAAACUAAUAUUUAACAUUAAUUUCAGGUUUAAGUCUAACUUAAUUAACCAAAUAGAAAUUUGCAUGCAGCUACAUGUAGCUGCUAGACUACAAGUAAUCCCUCUUUCACUUAGUCUGUCAAACAAGACCACAAAUAAACCACUAGAAAACGAAUGGCGGCGUGAAAUCCUGGGGGAAUGGCCACUUUUUUCUUGCGGUUUUCUUUCGCAUCACGCACAACGGACUAAGCGAAAGAGGGACUGCUGUUUACUUGUAUGUAACAAUACAUCUGCUGUGUUGCCAUGGAAUGUCAUGUCAUGCCAGACCACGUCACACACUUUCUUAAUGAACAUCUCCGUGCAUUUUCAGGAGGAAUACAACAAAGAAGAUAUAAAAUGGCAGCACAUUUCAUUUGUCGACAAUCAGAACGUUCUUGAUAUUCUGGCACAAAAACCCAUGAACAUCAUAGCCUUGGUGGAUGAGGAAAGCAGAUUUCCAAAGGGAACAGAUGCCACAAUGUUACAGAAAUUAAAUACACACCACAAACGAUCCAAACUCUUCCUUUCCCCGGUCAAUUCAACCUCUGCACUCUUUGGUAUUCGUCAUUUUGCGGGAACUGUGUACUACAGUGCCAAAGGUUUUCUUGACAAGAAUCGUGACACGUUCAGUGCUGAUCUUGUUGACUUGGUUGGAGGAAGCAAGUCUGCAUUCUUACUUGAACUGUUUUCCAGAGAGAGAGCCAUGGGUGAAGAUACAAGAAAACGUUCACCAACUCUUGGAGCUCAGUUUAAGAAGUCUCUUGAUUUACUCAUGAGAACCUUAUCAGCUUGCCAUCCUUUCUUCGUUCGUUGCAUCAAACCCAACGACUACAAGAAACCAAUGAGAUUUGAUAGACUUCUAUGCUGUCGUCAGUUGCGUUAUUCCGGUAUGAUGGAGACAAUAAGGAUACGGAAAGCCGGCUACCCUAUACGUCACACGUUUCAGGAAUUCAUUGAUCGUUAUCACAUGUUGAGUGAAGGUCUGGCACGAGAUGGAUUAGAUUUCCAGGGACUUAAGAAUGCUGCCAUCACAAUCGCCAAGCGGCUUCUAGGAAACAGUGACUGGCAGAUUGGCAAAACGAAGGUGUUUCUUAAGGAUCAACAGGACAUUCAGCUGGAAGAUGAGCGAGAUAAACUCCUAACCAAACGUGCCAUUUUGAUUCAGAAAGUUGUGCGCGGCUUUUUAAUCCGUCAGCGAUACACGAAGAUGAAAAGCGGUUCAAUUCUCAUUCAGAAGACAUGGAGAGGAUAUCAAGAGAAGCAGAAGUAUAUCAAGAUCCGCAGUGGUCUGGCACGACUUCAGGCCACUUACAGAGCUCAUGUUUUAGCUUUAAAAUACCUGACAUUACGCGAGCGAAUGAAAGUUUUCCAGGCAUUUUGCCGCGGAUUCCUUGCACGACAGGAGUAUAAAAACCGCCUGAGAAGCAUCAUCAAGAUACAGUCAGGAAUACGAAUGGUGCUGGCAAAAAGGAGAACUCAGGAACUGAGAGUAGAGGUGAGUAGCAUACAGCAGCAGCUUAGUAUAUACCACACAAGUCAAUGGGCAGGUUUUCUUGACAAGAAUCGUGACACGUUCAGUGCUGAUCUUGUUGACUUGGUUGGAGGAAGCAAGUCUGCAUUCUUACUUGAACUGUUUUCCAGAGAGAGAGCCAUGGGUGAAGAUACAAGAAAACGUUCACCAACUCUUGGAGCUCAGUUUAAGAAGUCUCUUGAUUUACUCAUGAGAACCUUAUCAGCUUGCCAUCCUUUCUUCGUUCGUUGCAUCAAACCCAACGACUACAAGAAACCAAUGAGAUUUGAUAGACUUCUAUGCUGUCGUCAGUUGCGUUAUUCCGGUAUGAUGGAGACAAUAAGGAUACGGAAAGCCGGCUACCCUAUACGUCACACGUUUCAGGAAUUCAUUGAUCGUUAUCACAUGUUGAGUGAAGGUCUGGCACGAGAUGGAUUAGAUUUCCAGGGACUUAAGAAUGCUGCCAUCACAAUCGCCAAGCGGCUUCUAGGAAACAGUGACUGGCAGAUUGGCAAAACGAAGGUGUUUCUUAAGGAUCAACAGGACAUUCAGCUGGAAGAUGAGCGAGAUAAACUCCUAACCAAACGUGCCAUUUUGAUUCAGAAAGUUGUGCGCGGCUUUUUAAUCCGUCAGCGAUACACGAAGAUGAAAAGCGGUUCAAUUCUCAUUCAGAAGACAUGGAGAGGAUAUCAAGAGAAGCAGAAGUAUAUCAAGAUCCGCAGUGGUCUGGCACGACUUCAGGCCACUUACAGAGCUCAUGUUUUAGCUUUAAAAUACCUGACAUUACGCGAGCGAAUGAAAGUUUUCCAGGCAUUUUGCCGCGGAUUCCUUGCACGACAGGAGUAUAAAAACCGCCUGAGAAGCAUCAUCAAGAUACAGUCAGGAAUACGAAUGGUGCUGGCAAAAAGGAGAACUCAGGAACUGAGAGUAGAGAAAAAGAAACGAGAAGAAGCAGAAGGGUUAAGAAAGCUGGAGGAGGAACGCUUGAAGAAAGCCAUGGCGGCUGAUGCCGCAAAAAAAGAAGCACAGAGACUCCAUCAGGAACGCAUGGCCAAAAUUGAGCAGGAAGAAAAAGAGGAACAUGAACGAAAGAAACGGGAAGCUGAGAAAAAGAAACAUGAAAUAGAAGUUGCAGAAGCCAUGGCCAAGAAACGGCGAGAGGAAGAUGUGGAUGAUUCGAAAAUGGUUGAUGAAAUGUUCGGUUUUCUACCAGAGGAAAAGACACUGGCAACCGUGUCAGCUCCUACGGCCUUCAAGGAUCUGGAACCAGCACAAGAAGUCGAGUUUGCAACCGAGGAAAUGUCAGCAGUGCCUGCGGCACCCGAGGUAAGCGACCCCGGUUGUCAGAAACUGGCGAUUUUUGCUGGUAUGUUUGAUCAAAGGGUUUUCUCUCCUUGUUCUACUAUUUCACAGGAACGCAUGGCCAAAAUUGAGCAGGAAGAAAAAGAGGAACAUGAACGAAAGAAACGGGAAGCUGAGAAAAAGAAACAUGAAAUAGAAGUUGCAGAAGCCAUGGCCAAGAAACGGCGAGAGGAAGAUGUGGAUGAUUCGAAAAUGCCAUACACCGGCGUUUUAACUGCACACAAAAUGAAUACCUCGAAUCCAAAGUCGAGUUCUGUGAGGCAAACAGAGUCUCCAGAGUACAUGGAUGUCGAUGGAUUCGAAGGAUUCUUUUACGAGACAAAAGAGAGAAGGAUUGUCGAAUUUGAAGAUUUCGUGUCUGAUCCAGACAAUAUUGAUGGCGUUGACGGAAUACUGGAUAACACAGCUGAUGAGAAUCUUAACAGUGACAGUGAAGACGAACUUUUGUUAUUAAAUGAAAUUUUAAAUUUCCAAGGAGAGGUUGAUGAAAUGUUCGGUUUUCUACCAGAGGAAAAGACACUGGCAACCGUGUCAGCUCCUACGGCCUUCAAGGAUCUGGAACCAGCACAAGAAGUCGAGUUUGCAACCGAGGAAAUGUCAGCAGUGCCUGCGGCACCCGAGCCCGAAGAAGAUGUUUCACAGUUCAAGUUUUCGAAGUUCGCAGCCACGUACUUUCAAGGAGGAGUCACUCCUGCAUACAUCAGACGACCACUGAAACAGUCUCUCCUACCGCUGACCAGUGAGGCGGACAGCAUGGCUGCAUUAGCUGUGUGGAUUACGAUUCUAAGAUUCUUGGGAGAUUUGCCGGAGCCCAAGUACAUCACUUCACAACCAGACACCAAGGAUAACUCUGUGAUGAGCAAGAUAUACGAUACACUUGGUAGGAAAUACAAGGCAAAGGGAAUCGAUGGAGUGCAAGACUUUGGGGGAUCCAGCAAUGCAUUGAGUAAAGAGAAAAGAGAAACACUUCGAAAGAAAAUCGUGUCACUAACGUUGAAAAAGAAGUCAAAAAUAACCAAGGAUGUGACAGCAAAGUUAAAAGAAGCAGAAGAAAGUGGAACCCUGACUGAAGGCUAUGGCCCUCUGUCAGCUCAAGAUCGACCGACCUCCAACUUAGAAAAACUUCACUUCAUUAUCGGCCACGGGAUAUUAAGACCUGACCUCAGAGAUGAAAUUUACUGUCAGAUUUGUAAACAGUUAAGUCAAAAUCCUUCCAAGUCCAGUCAUGCGCGAGGAUGGAUUCUAAUGUCACUUUGUCUUGGAUGUUUUGCGCCAUCAGGAAAGUUUGUUAAAUACCUAAAGUGUUUCAUUGGAGACGGACCCCCUGGAUAUGCGCCAUAUUGUGAGGAGAGGCUAAGAAGAACACAGCAGAAUGGAUGUCGGCACCAGCCCCCCAGCUGGCUUGAGUUACAGGCUACUAAAUCCAAGAAGCCUCUGAUGUUGCCAAUAACAUUCAUGGAUGGAACAACAAAGACUCUUCUAGCGGACUCCGCUACAACAGCAAAGGAACUGUGCAGUCAGCUGGCUGACAAGAUCUCACUCACAGAUCAGUUUGGAUUUUCACUGUACAUUGCACUCUUUGACAAGGUGUCAAGUCUCGGUAGUGGAAGUGAUCACGUGAUGGAUGCCAUUUCACAGUGUGAACAGUACGCUAAAGAGAAAGGAGCGAAGGAGAUGAACGCACCAUGGCGGUUGUUCUUUAGGAAAGAAAUCUUCUCUCCAUGGCACGAUCCUACCGUGGAUCAAAUAGGCACAAAUCUUAUUUACCAACAGGUGGUCAGAGGAGUUAAGUUUGGGGAAUAUCGCUGUGAUAAGGAUGAAGAUUUGGCAGACGUGGCUGCUAAGCAGUACUAUGUUGAGUAUGGUAAGGAAAUGCUACCAGACAGACUACUCAACCUACUGCCCUCUUACCUCCCUGAGAGUCAGCUGCAGGGGGGUAGGGUAGGGUUAGAGAAGUGGGCUCACCUUGUAAUGAACUGCCAUAAAAAGGGAUACUACACGGCUGAGAAGAUUAAUCCUCAGAGCGUCAAAGAAGAUAUUGUCAACUACGCUCGUUAUAAGUGGCCACUGUUGUUCUCUCGAUUUUAUGAAGCUUACCAGUUUUCAGGCCCCAGUCUGCCACAGAAUGACGUGAUAGUAGCAGUGAACUGGACUGGAGUUUAUGUUGUUGAUGAUCAAGAACAUGUGCUGCUUGAUCUUCAGUUUCCCGAGAUCACUACUGUCACAAGCAUAAGGACCUUGAAGUCAGACAGCUCAAGUUUUACACUUACCACAGUCAAAGGAGACGAAUACACUUUCACGUCAGCUAACUCUGAUGACAUCCAAGAGCUGGUACAGUUCUUCCUUGAGGGAUUAAGAAAAAGAUCCAAAUAUGUCGUGGCAAUGGUUGACUAUCAGAGUCCAGCUGAGAGCUCAUCAUUCCUGAGUUUCAAGAAAGGUGAUUUGAUCAUUCUUGAGAGUGACACAGGAGAGACAGUUCUGAACUCUGGAUGGUGUUCUGGAAUCUGUGAAAGGACCGGAAGGAAAGGAGACUUUCCGGCUGAAUGUGUUUAUGUACUGCCCACCAUUGCUAAACCAUCAUCUGAUACCCUGGCGUUAUUCAAUGAUCAGUCUCUGGAAAGUUCGGAAAAGAUCAUCGCCACAACUCACACAGCUAUUUACCCAGAGGAGGUUGAAACGUUUGAAAAGCCUUACACUUUAGAGGAAUAUUCCAUCGAGCACUUUCUACCACCCCCUAAGAGAACAUUGAGCAAAGCAUUGCAGUCACAAGUCAAGAGAAGAGACAAGAACAUACCAUGGGCUUUUACCAAGGAUCCUAUCAAGCAGCCACUUUUAAAGCGACUGGCAGGUCAGGAGGAACUUGCUCAGAAGGCCGCACAGAUCUUCUUGGCUAUCAUGAAGUACAUGGGUGAUUAUCCAUCUAAACGGUUUCGCCAAACAACAGAUCUCACAGACGCCAUAUUUGAACCAGCUCUUCUCCACGAACCUUUGCGAGACGAGGUUUACUGUCAGUUAAUCAAACAAAUCACGGAGAACAGACUUCCCUCAAGUGAGGAGAAAGGCUGGGAGUUGUUGUGGCUUUGUACCGGUAUCUUUGCCUGCAGUUCGUCGCUGAUGAGGGAAGUGAACCAUGUAUUCCGCUCAUGUUCCAGUAAACAGGCACUAGCUCAUGACUGCCUCUCUAGACUGCAGAAAACCAUACGAGUCGGUCAGCGGAAAUACCCACCUCACAUAGUUGAGGUGGAGGCGAUACAGGUGGGCUGUGUUAAACAGAUUGACUUUUUCUUUUCCAAGAUCCAUGAUGUGGCGUUAUUCAAUGAUCAGUCUCUGGAAAGUUCGGAAAAGAUCAUCGCCACAACUCACACAGCUAUUUACCCAGAGGAGGUUGAAACGUUUGAAAAGCCUUACACUUUAGAGGAAUAUUCCAUCGAGCACUUUCUACCACCCCCUAAGAGAACAUUGAGCAAAGCAUUGCAGUCACAAGUCAAGAGAAGAGACAAGAACAUACCAUGGGCUUUUACCAAGGAUCCUAUCAAGCAGCCACUUUUAAAGCGACUGGCAGGUCAGGAGGAACUUGCUCAGAAGGCCGCACAGAUCUUCUUGGCUAUCAUGAAGUACAUGGGUGAUUAUCCAUCUAAACGGUUUCGCCAAACAACAGAUCUCACAGACGCCAUAUUUGAACCAGCUCUUCUCCACGAACCUUUGCGAGACGAGGUUUACUGUCAGUUAAUCAAACAAAUCACGGAGAACAGACUUCCCUCAAGUGAGGAGAAAGGCUGGGAGUUGUUGUGGCUUUGUACCGGUAUCUUUGCCUGCAGUUCGUCGCUGAUGAGGGAAGUGAACCAUGUAUUCCGCUCAUGUUCCAGUAAACAGGCACUAGCUCAUGACUGCCUCUCUAGACUGCAGAAAACCAUACGAGUCGGUCAGCGGAAAUACCCACCUCACAUAGUUGAGGUGGAGGCGAUACAGCACAAAACAACUCAGAUUUUCCAUAAAGUGUACUUUCCCGAUGAUAGUGAUCAGGCCUUUGAGGUAGAUUCCAGUACCCGCGCGAAAGAGUUUUGUGCUGUCGUUGCGCAGCGCCUGGGACUGAAGUCUUCUGAAGGAUUCAGCUUAUUUGUUAAAAUUGCCGAUAAAGUCAUCAGCGUUCCUGAAGGAGAUUUCUUCUUUGACUUUGUGAGACAUCUAACGGAGUGGCUGAAAAAGGCCAGGCCUACUCGUGAAGGUCAGCUGCCAAACUUGACUUAUCAAGUUUUCUUUAUGAAGAAGUUAUGGUCAACAACAGUAGUUUCAAAGGAUGUUGCCGCUGACACAAUAUUUCAUUAUCACCAGGAGUUACCAAAAUACUUAAGAGGCUACCAUAAAUGCACCAAGGAAGAAGCGAGUCAGCUAGCAGCUCUUAUCUACAGGGUGCGAUUCGGCGAGGACAAACGAGAAUUCCCCAGCAUACCUAAGAUGUUACGUGAGCUCAUUCCACCUGACCUGAGUAGAGACCAGUCCCCAGAUGAUUGGAAGAGGGCCAUAGUUGCAGCGUUCAAUAAACAUGCAGGCAAGUCAAAGAAUGAUGCCAAGGUUUCUUUCCUGAGGAUCAUUUACAGAUGGCCAACGUUCGGCUCAGCGUUUUUUGAAGUUAAGCAAACAACAGAGCCUAACUUCCCUGAAAAUCUUUUGAUUGCUAUUAACAAGAAUGGUGUUAACCUUAUUGAUCCCCGAACUAAGGAUAUCCUUGCUACCUAUCCGUUCACCAAAAUUUCCAACUGGAGCAGCGGUAACACGUAUUUCCACAUGACAAUUGGAAGUCUGGUGAAAGGGAGCAGGCUUCUGUGUGAAACGUCACUGGGUUACAAAAUGGACGAUUUGUUGACGUCGUACAUUUCUCUCAUGCUGACCACAAUGAACAAACAAAAGAAACCAGCCACGCUAAGAGCUGUGAAAAAAUAAAAUCCAUAGCACUAAGUCAGAAUUAUAAUACGGUGCUUGGCUGUAAAUUAUCUGUUUUAGGUAUUUAUUUGAGAAUUCCUUACUGUCAGCGAGUAUGCUGACAAGUUUUCCGUGAAUUAACAUGGUACAUAUUGUAGCUGUCAUUAAUUCCACACUUGUAAAGCUUCUCUUAAGCCUUUUGUGGAAUAGAAAUGCUUUUAUGAUAAAAUAGCUUAGUUAGGUUUGUUAUUUUCUCAGGGCCUAGGGCAAGCAAUGACAUUUCAAUAUUGUUUUUAAGGUCAAGAUGUGGAACAUCCUGAACAACAAGGUCAUGCAAUUAGGAUUUUCACGAUCGUUGGAAUGCCAGGCAUUUCAUAGAUUCAUAUUAUAAGUCGCGGAACUUGGAUUCUUAUUGUUCAUGAGAACCCUGGGACGUUUUGUAGCAUAUGACACUGUAUUUAAGAGUAAGUAUUUAAAAUUAAUUGCUGCUAUCUUAAAUAGCUGCCGCUAUCAAAGUAAAUAAAAACUGCAUGUAGGAUUUAAAGGUUCAACAGAUGCUCAGUAAACUCAGCUGUACUGUUGACAGAUUUAGUACGUAAUCCGUGUUGUUGUACUGAGGUGUCUCUAAUGUCUAACGGUGAUAACACGUUACCUUGCUAGUGGUUUAUUUUGUCUUCACGAUGCUUUUUUGGCCAAACUCGAAUUAUAUAGCUAGUUACGAAACUUAAUUGAUAUGCAAUUGUGGUUACUUCUUGAAUAAUAACCAGUAUGCUUUACCAACCCUUUUCAAGUGAAUAUCGUAUUUGACAGUAAAACUUGCAUUUUAUUUGUGAUUGA